UGUGAUUGGUCCGGGCGAGGUUAGCGCGCGACUCAGGGGUCUGUAAACUGACAGCAGUGUUUAACUAAGUUUCUGAGAUCAAUAUUAGUAGUUAUUUACUGUUUUACUGUUAUUAUUACACCCAGAUAUUCUCUCAGCAUGGCGUGUUUACUCACCGCUUCUCAUGAGAACACGCGGGUCUCCUCCUUCGGGGUAUGAGCUCUGCUCUCCUGUUCACACUGUAGAGUUACUGCAUGGUGUUUAUUUACCUGAUCCGGAUUAAUGGAGCCGAAUCUCUGACUGGACUGGUUUACCUGAACGCUACAGCAAUAGCAGGAUGGACUGCGUCACAACAGGAGGGAACGUGAAAGUGCUGGCAAAAGCAAUCCACUCACUUUCAAAGAUUGGAGAGGAACUUUACCUGGAGCCUGUUGAAGAUGGGUUAACUCUGCGUGCAGUGAACUCUUCUAGAUCAGCCUUUGCCUGCUUUCUGCUCUCUCCGCUGUUCUUUCAGCGCUAUCAGGCCCCUUCUGACCAUGCCUUCCGCUGCAAAAUGCCCAUAAAGAGCAUGCAGGCCGUGUUUAGGUCUCUGUCCUCUCUAGAGCGCUCGGUGGAGAAGUGUCGUAUUGAACUGAACAGUGAGAAGAAUCGGUUGACUGUCACUUUACACUGCAAACAUGGGCUUUUGAAGACACACAACCUCUCCUUCCAAGACUGCGAGAGCUUACAAGCAGUGUUUGACAAGGAGAACUGUGCUAACGUGCUGCGAGCCCAGCCCAGGUUGUGGGUGGACACAGUUUUGCACUUCCCUCCAUCACUUGAAGAAGUGAAUGUGUCUGUGAAUGGAGAACGAGUGUGGCUCAGGAAUCACUUGGAGGAUGAUGCAGACCCGUCACGAGCAAUGAUGACUGAAUUGUGUUUAAGUGCAGAAGAGUUUGAUCACUUUGCUGUCAGGUCUGAAAGCAACAUCACCUUCUGUCUCAAGGAGCUCAGGGGGUUGCUGGUAUUUGCUGAGUCAUCUGGUCUUCCUGUUUCAAUGCACUUCGAUGAGCCUGGCAGCCCUGUUGUGUUGAGUGUAUCAGACAGCGUUCUAGAUGCUAACUUUGUGCUUGCCACUCUGUCUGAGGACGCACAUCAACGCAACCACAACAACAACAAAGCUGAUCGGCGUGAGGCUCAACCUGCAGCAGAUGACUUCAUGAGUGAUGAUAUGGACUCCUAUCUCAUUGCAAUGGAGGCCAGUGAUCUUCCUGGAGAUCUUCCUGGUCCUUCCCAUGAGUCUGUCCCACCUGUCCCUCAGAGUUCCACCAAUCACAGGGCCCGGUUGCCCAGUGAGGAGGAAGAAGAAGAGGAGGAGGAACAAGUAAACCAACCACCAAAUAAAAAGUUCUGCUCACUUUUCUUUGGCUCGGUGCUGCCAGCAUCCUCCCAGCUGACCAACCAGACGAUACAGGGCCAGGAAGUGCUCGCCAGCGACAGUGACAACGAAAAACAAGAGGAGUGACCGUAUUGGCCAGUAGGGAUUCAUAUGAAAAGGAACUGUGAAUGUCAGACAGAGACUGAAAAAAGAGGAAAG